UCGGGAUGCGUUUACGGUCUGGUACCAGCCCACCUGCGGCUCACCUGUCAACGUAACCCGUGUUUACUUCACGUUCUCGGAGGAAGCAGAACCCGGUUCCUGCUUCACGACCUUAACAUGUUCGCGGCGGCUGCUCUUAACAAUGGCGGAUUAACGAGACACUGCGGGGAUUUAUCCUCACAGGCAACAACAACCGGUGGUUUCUAGUGUUGUUUUUUCCUUUCCGGUUUUCCGGUUGUGACGGUUAACUGGCUAACGUUAGCUCACUAAAGCAGGACGAACUGCGGCGGCAGCUCGGCCUGCAGCCGCCCCGGACAUCCUCUGACCGCCGAGACGCUUCAGGAAGUGUCUUCAUCUCAAACAGAUCAAGUGUGUUCCCACCGAUUACCGAAUGUGUGUGUUUUGGGACAAAAGGAGAGUUGUGUGCACCAUUCAGCCCCCGGUAAGAACCUUCCGAGUGAUGGAGCUUUAAUGAUCCCCAAAUGAGAGAAGGUGACCGCCGAACAGCUUCAGAAAAACCCCGGUUUUAAUCUCCAACAGCUUUAUUUAGCAUCUUCUCGCUCUUUGACUGUCGCGUUUUGAUAUUUUGGACUUCAGGAGACGUUUGUGGAGAAUUCGGCCGCCGGUAAUAAUCUCCAGAAAUAUGGGAAUUUGAGGUACGGAAAGGAAGAGGGUCCCGAACUGAGAGAAACGAACCCUCCGACAAUUAUAAGAGAAAACACAGUUUUUCAGCUCAGACAGGUGUUUGUAGCUGUGAGAACCUGGACUGUAUGUGUCCGACUAGAGGAGACCUUUGUGGACAGUUCGGCUCCAGGUAAAACCAUCCUGCACGAUGGGGACUCAGGCACCGGGCAGGAAGAGGAUCCCCAACCGGGAGAAGCUGACGGCCGAGGACGAUGCUCUCAACCAGAUAGCCCGAGAGGCAGAGGCGAGGCUGGCAGCGAAGAGAGCGGCAAGAGCCGAAGCCCGAGAGAUCAGGAUGAAGGAGCUGGAGAGGCAGCAGAAAGAGACUGUUUCGAAUCAUCGUUUUGUCAAAGUUCUGAACCAUAAGAGGCGCAUAAGUGUUAUGGUCCGGAUAAUAAGUGGGGGCACAUUGAACAGUGGAUGGUGGGAACUCUUCUUCUGCUCCUCACAUGAGGACAGUGAGCGGUAUUCUCGGCCCUCACGGAGACACGCGUCGAUGUCUGAUGAUGAGGAGAAGAUGUCUGUGGGGAGUCGAGGCAGCCUCCGGGUGGAGGAGAGACCUGACAGAGACUUCCUGGAUAAAGGCUCCAGGACGGCCUCCACGCUCUCCGCCGCCACGCUGGCCUCUCUGGGAGGAACCUUGUCACGCAGAGGAAGCUGUGACACGUCCUUCUCCGUGGAGACGGAGGCGUCCAUCAGAGACAUGAGGGACUCUCUGGCAGAGUCGGAGGAGAAGUACCGUAAGGCGAUGGUUUCUAACGCUCAGCUCCACAACGAGAAGUCAACUGUUAUGUAUCAGGUGGAGACUCUGAAGGAGGAGCUGAGCGACAUGGAGGAGCUGCUGUGGGAGUCCAGGAGACACUGUGAGGACCGCACCAAGGAGUUUGAACGUGAGCGUCAGGCUCACAGUGUCCUUCAGUUCCUCUUCAGAGACAUGGAGGGGACAGUGAGACGCUCGGAAGAGCUCCUGACGGAGGUGUCUGAGCUCCGGGUGAGGAGCAGCUCUUACUGUCAGGAGGUCUCUGACCUGCAGGAAGUUCUGCAGUGGAAGGAGAAGAAGAUGGCGGCGUUAGAGAGGCAGAUAGAAAUCGCUGACAUCGUUCAGAUCGAACGCGACCGGCUCAGAGACGACGUCGUUCGACUGCGAGAUUUACUGAAGAAACACGGCGUGGUCGUGUCUCCUGAACUCUCCACCAAUGGGGAGACGGGACAGGAUGAUGAUGUCAGCGCAGAGUCUGCCUCUCGAUUGGCUCAGGAGCCGUCUCACGGCGGCAGAGAGAGCAUGCUGGGGAAAGUUGGAGAGCCGGCAGAGACGAGCAAACUCCUACAGGACGCCGUGAACUUAUUAAAUGCCACGUCCACUGGCGAGCAAACCACACCGGUGAAGGGGUUUGAUACACGGGCCAAAGACAAAGCAGGGGGAGACAAGGACGCAAGGAAACUGCCAAGAAGCAAAGGAAGUGAAACAUCUCAAAUCCGACAGGACGGAAAUUCAUUGCUUAGAAAUAAAGGAAUGAAAAAACAACCGGGAACGUGUGAGCCGAAAACUGCAGUCGCCCGAUUCGUUGACUCUGAGGCCUUUAAAGGCAGAACCAAACCGUUAAACCAGGAUGUCCUUGUGACAGAAAUGGAGCGCUCCUUUGACGAUCAAAUCUGCAAAAAGAAAGGAACUCAAGUGUCUGUUUCAUGGCCGAGUCUCACGGCUGCUCAUGAGAAACAAAAACAACACGUGACGGGAAACCAAUCUUCUGACAGGGAUUGUGCGCAAAAUCCUUUGUCGGCUGUUGAUCCAAUUUUCCAGAAUCCAGAGAAAGAUGGAAACACGUGCAGAGAUGUCAGCGGUUCAGGAGGGGAAGUCGUGGCUGUUUCUGCAGCUUUGGGUGGGAAAGAAUAUAAAAUAAACGAGUUCUGUACUCCGACAUCAGCGGACAAUUUGAAAGAAAAUGAGGCUGAGAUCGGUGGUGAUGAGUGUGAUGGACAACGUUCUGAAGAUGAAGAUUCAAGCAUUCUCACAGAUUUGGUAGAAAAUGAGACGUUUGUACCGAUGGGUCAAACUUCUCAAGGUCUCGUGCACCAACGACAAGUUUUAGGGAACUUGGGAAGUCCCCGUAACAAAGAAAAAGCCUUGAAGAACGAGGGCGAUUUAAGAUUCUCUGGUGUUUCUGAAGGUCCAAGUGAAACCGGACCUUCAGAUCUUGAUGCAUUUCUAACAGCAGAGGAGGCAACCGUUGGGGGAACGUCGGGUACACCUGAGAGACCGGAGAACUGGGGGGUUUAUGAACCGGUUCAGAGUCAGGGAAAGACUUCAUCAGUGGAGAUGUGGAAGGACUGGAUACUUUUGGAAAACACGAUUCACAGCAUGCUGAGAGGGUUUGUUGAAGAAAAUCAGGGUUUCGCAGCUGAAAUCUCGAGGAUCUUCCCAGAGGUCCCAGAAUCUCUCGAACGGUGGAUUUCAGAGUUCCAGGAGACGCUUAAGAUUGUCGCAGAAAAUGUGUCGGACCAGCGUGACUCAGUUGAAGAACCAACAGGACAAGUGACGGGUAUCAAGGACUCACCAGAAAGAAGUAAAAACCCAGAUGAUCCUGAAAGUGAGAAUCUGGCAAGGAUAAAUGACUGCUCAGUCUCAGGGAUGUUGGCGGGACCACCUCACACUUAUCACGUCUCCGUGGACUCGAGGAAAGUCCACGAAGACGCUCAGGAUCCUCCCGCAAUGGCUGACCAAGAAUCGCCACAAAAUCCCUUGGACUUACCGAGCAUUUGUACAUUUAAUGUGGAAUCCUCUCCAGAAGAAACGAGGGAUUCUGUUGACGCAGAAGAAGAAAAGCGAAGUCGGAGACAUCCUGCGGCGACGAGCUGGUCCGAGGAAUUUGUUUUUGUCGAACUGUACUUUGCUGAACCUGUUGUUGAAGAAAUUGUUGAGACGCAACUCAAAAAGCCCCGAACGUUUCCCACAAACUCUUCCUUCAGGAGGCUGAUAGAGAUAACUGCGGAGGAAAUCAAGGCGAUGGCUCUGCCAGAGCUGGUGUUCAUGAGCCUGCGGGAAGGGAUCGCCGAGGAUCUACGUGUCCACGAGACGACACACGCUGAGGACCGGGAGCUGUCGGACAGAGACACGGACAGCUGUGAGGAGGUGGACGAGGAGGCAGGCAGGGACGGAGGUUGUGGUUCUGUGGGAACGCCAGCUGAAGAGAUUUCAACCUUUUGUUCUCCGACAUUAAAGACGUCAGUAGAUCCCCGACUCAUGACUUACUGAAGCUUCUACGUGUCUUAAAAACGUUGGUUGCUAACACGUAUCUAAAUAAGACUAAACGUCAUCGCGCUAACAUUAGCCGCCGUUAGCUUAGCACUGGUGACGUGAAGUACAGAAAUACUUGGUCAUCCCUGCAGCUGUCUUGGAAAAAACAUGAAAUGUUAAGUGGCGGUCUGUUAUUUCGCUGCGAGCAGUAAAUUCCUGGAGUCUCUGCUCAAAAUCACAAAAUACGUAAACGUUUUGAGGCUUCUGAUUUUUUCAUCGCAGUAAUUCACAAACCUUCAGCUUCUUUCACCUCCGUCAGGGAGCAAAGAAGUUAGAUAUUCACUUUAGAGAUCAGACACUUUCUUUUUUCAUAUUAUGAAGCCAUUAAUGCGUAAUUAUAAGAAAUCACAAACUGCCUGUAUGAUGUGUGUUGAAGUUCCCCUUCAUGAAGUCUUCUUUAAUAAAAACUAAAUAAUCAGAAAUAAUAAAGCUUGAAUCUGACUUCUGUGUGGCUCGUUUUUUAUUCCUGGUGCUGCAAGCUGGAGCGGAAACAUUCACUGCUACGAUUAUUGGACAGAACGCAGUUAAAAUGUUAUUCCCAGUUAUUAAUAUCCACAUGGAUAUUAUCCAUUCAUGAGGUUAAGAUAUACAAUGAAAUGUAUUAAAACGUCAGCACUGAGCCAACAAAUAAAAUCAUAUUUAAAUUAUUUGACUGGGUUCUGUAGCUUCUGUCUGGCAGCCAUGUUGAUUAAAUUUACUGUAUAGUUUCUAAUAUUUUAUUUACUUUAUGUAUUUAUCAGUAUGUGUCUUUGAGAUUUUCUUGCCAGUGAAAUCACUACACUUUACAGGGGUAAGAAACUGUAUUUAUUACCUCAUUUAUGAACAUUUUUGUAUGAUUAAUAACUUAAUUUAUUUAUAUUAAUAAUUGUAAUGUUUAUAAUUCAAUCCAUAAUUUUUUUGGGAGAAAUAAUUGAUUGAAAAUGUUGGUGCUUGGUAAUUCAGAUGAAGCCACAAAUAAUAAUAAUAAUAAUCGGGUUAACUCUGAUGAAAUGUUUGUGUGUAAUUUACAUUUAAACGUGUUCAACAUGAGGCUUCAUGAAGUGAUUUCUGACCACUAGGGGGCAGAUAGACUCCCGUAAUAAUUCAAGCACUUAUAAGUAAGAAUAAUUACUUACCAACCCUUAAAACCCUUAAAAGUUAGUUAAACAUAUUACUUAGUGGAGUUUUGUUUGUAAGUGCCUUCCUUGUCCUGCGCUUUACCUGCCGAUUGUCACCUGUGUCUCUGACGAUC